ACGCCUAAGAAUCCGGGAAGCUCAAAACAAAAAUUGAGAGAAAGAGAUAGCAUUAGAUACGGGAAGGUCCACGUAAGACCCGUGCUUCACUUUGAUUCUCUCAAUCUCCUUCAAUUUUUUUUUUUUAUCAAUCUUUGAUCUAAGAAGAUGAAGCGUGAGUAUUUAGAUUACACACUUGUGCCUUUAGGGCUUGCUUUGAUGGUGUUUUAUCAUCUUUGGCUUCUCUACCGUAUCAUCCACCGUCCUUCUUCGACUGUCGUUGGCCUCAACGCCUUCAAUCGCCGCCUUUGGGUCCAAGCCAUGAUGGAGGACUCAUCAAAAAAUGGCGUUUUAGCGGUUCAAACGCUAAGGAACAACAUAAUGGCGUCAACUCUAUUGGCAUCAACUGCAAUAAUGUUGUGUUCACUAAUCGCGGUACUAAUGACAAGUGCUACAGGAGAGCGAUCUGUCUGGUUUGUGUUUGGUGACAAAAGCGACCGAGCCUUCUCGCUCAAGUUCUUCGCAAUCCUCGUGUGUUUCCUAGUCGCGUUUCUCCUCAAUGUGCAAUCAAUUCGUUAUUACAGCCAUGCUAGCAUCCUCAUCAAUGUCCCCUUUAAACAGCUGAUGGCUGUUUCUUCAGGUGGUCGUGGUAACGGUAGUCUUAUGAUAAACCAAGAUUAUGUGGCUGCAACGGUUAACCGUGGGAGUUACUUCUGGUCGUUAGGACUAAGAGCGUUCUACUUCUCAUCGCCUUUGUUCCUAUGGAUCUUCGGUCCCAUCCCAAUGUUCAUCACUUGUUGUGUUCUUGUUUGUUCGUUGUACUUUCUUGAUUUAACGUUUGAGUCGAUGAAAUGUAGCGUUGGAGCCGCAGAUGCGGAAGCUCAGAAUGUUUAGUAGUUUUAUGAGUAACAAUGAGAAAUAUUGAGGAGAGUUUUGUUCAGUGGAACAUAUAAAUUUGUAUUGAUUCAGGUUCAAUGGUAGUUGAACCGUGUCAAAGAGUCACUUUGUAACUAAGUGAAGAAAAUUGUUGUCAUUUA